GGAUCUCUUUGCCUUCGUUCUUUUGUGCAAGCCCGGAAGUGGUGUCUUAUGAUAUGGAUUUCUACUGCAUGAAGAGACUUGGUUAAUUCCCGUCAAAUGGCCUUUGUUUUCUUCGGAGAAAAUCACUAUCAAAGGGCUGUCCAAACAAGUCUUCCGGUCGUCUUGAAAUCGCCACAUUCAGUGUUGCUUAUACAUCUAGACCAACCACUAGUUCUGAAGGAGGGAAGACACAAAGUGAGCAAUAUGGGUUUGCGAAGGAGCGAUUCGGUCAAGACGACUUUGACCAUGUACAUAACAAGGUCCAACAAGUACCAGAAGUGGAUUGGAAGCUUGUCCGUGUUCAUUUUACUUGGGAGUUUGGCUAUGAUCUUCUCCGGGAUGGUGUUCAAGUUCAGUUACUACAUGGAUCAACUCGGGAUGCUCUCUUGGAGCUUUGAAGCCUUCCCAUGGAUCCUUAUUUGUGUGGGAUCGGUCACGUUCAUCACCGCCAUGGCCGGAUUCGUGUUCAGUGCCACCGAGCAACGCCCCCUCUUAAUCACUUACGCGGUCUGCAUGUUCGUUCUCUGCAUCCUGCAGAUCGCGAGUGUGUUCUUCGCCAAUGAUAUUCGUAAUCGGAUGAACGGGGACAAGUUCUCAAACAUGAACGACGCUCUUCUGGGUUAUCCAGAGGACUUGGCCGUCAAGACCAAAUGGGAUUAUCUCCAAUCCAGACUCAGAUGUUGUGGGGUUAAUGGAUAUCUCGACUAUGGAUCGAUCCGACACCUCCUUCCUGGACAACAAUGCGUCCCGGAUAGUUGUUGUUUGACCUCCGGAUGUAAUCCCAAAUGCAACAAUGCUGCCUCUGGCAGAGAUCUUUAUGACAUUUUUUACACCUUUGGAUGUCGCUCAAUUCUCCAUAAGAUAUAUGUGGAAGACGUUGAGAUCCUGAUGGUCCUUUAUGGAAUCUUGGGAACCAUCCAAGGGAUGCUGGAGAUGAUAGCCGCCGGUUUAGCCCUCGCAUUGUCCGCUCAAAUCAGCCGCCGUAUGAAGCGAGAAAAUGGCAUGUGGGCACCGGGAGAAGAUCUUACGGCGGGUCAUACCAUGGAUCGUUUUGAUGAUCACGCCAAAUAGAUUAUUGACUGAUGCAUUCAAAACGAUCCGUUGUUGUCUUUUUUGAAAUGUGAGACCAAAAAUAAAGUUGGGAACAGGCAGUUUCUAUGAGAAAUGA